CGAUGCUUUACGGGCGAUGCUUGGCUUCGCGUCCUACUACGGCGACCACAUGGUGUUGCAGAAGGAGCCGGCGGGGGCCGUGGUGUGGGGCUACGGGGAGCUGGGGGCCGCGGUGACCGUGGCUCUCUCUGGUGACGGUGGCCUCAUCGUCAUGAAGAAGAUGGCACGAGUUAAAGGACCUUCUGGCACGUGGACAAUUGUCCUGGACCCUAUGGAUCAGGGCGGUCCCUAUGCACUGACGGCCGGGCAGGGCUCGGAGAAUGUGACGCUGCGGGACAUCUACUUUGGGGACGUGUGGCUUUGCAGCGGGCAGAGCAACAUGGCAAUGACGGUCUUGCAGAUCGCCAACGCCAGCCGGGAGCUCGCCGCCGCCGCUCACUACCCCUACGUCCGCAUCUUCGCCGCAGCGCCCGCCCGCUCCGACGUGGAGCUGGAGGACCUGGAGCGAAUCGACUUGCCGUGGUCCAUCCCGACAGCCGAAAACCUGGGCCAUGGGAAUUUCACCUACUUCUCGGCUGUCUGCUGGCUGUUGGGGCGCUACCUCUACGAAGCUCUGCGGUACCCCGUCGGGCUGGUGGAGGCGGCCUGGGGGGGCACCCCCAUCGAGGCCUGGUCCUCCCCGAGGGCUCUGCGGGCGUGUGGGCUCCCAGAGGAUGCGGAGAGCAUCCCCCCGCACCAGUAUCUUUCCGGCCCUCAAACACCCUCCGUGCUCUGGAACGCCAUGAUCCACCCGCUGCUCAACAUGACACUGCGGGGUGUCGCUUGGUACCAGGGCGAGGCCAAUGCCUUCCUGCACACGGACCGGUACAACUGCACCUUCCCCGCGCUCAUCGCCGACUGGCGCCAGGCUUUCCAUGCCGGAUCAGCCGGGCAGACGGAGCCGCUCCUCCCGUUCGGCUUCGUGCAGUUGUCCACCUAUCGCCGGCAGAGCCCGGACGACAGCUUCGCCCGUCUCCGCUGGCACCAAACAGCCGAUUUGGGGGUUGUCCCCAACACCAGGAUGCCCGGCACCUUCAUGGCUGUGGCGAUGGAUCUGUGCGAUGAGCGCUCUCCCUACGGCAGCAUCCACCCCCGGGACAAGCAGAACGUGGCCCACCGGCUGCACCUGGGCGCCAGGGCUGUGGCGUACGGGGAGAAAGACCUGGUUUUCCAGGGGCCGUACCCCACCCGGGCCGUCCUGGAGGUGAGCAGGGGUCUGCUGAACGUCACCUACAGCCAGGAGCUUGUCUGCCGUCAGCGGGACACGCGGGCGUUCGAGGUCUGCUGCUCCAGCCAGCCGUCCCCGUGCGGGUGGCUGCCGGCACCCGUGGUGGCGGUGGAGUCCCGCACGGUGACGCUGGCCCUGGCCGGCUGCGGGACGUUGGUGCUGGGCUUGCGCUACGCCUGGGCCGAGUGGCCCUGCGAGUAUGAGUCCUGCGCUCUCUACAACGGCCGGGGUCUGCCCGCACCCCCCUUCCUCCUGGACGCCCUGCCCGUAGGGGAAACCCCGGGGAGUUCCGAAACAGCCGGAGGGAGGGAGCUGCUUCUCCUCCCCGGCUCCUGGUUCUCCCGGGGGAUUUAGGUGAGGGGAUGGCGGAGGGAGCUCAGACCUCUCGCAAAGCGGCUCCGGGCUGCUGGCACCGUGCCUUUCCGAUUCCGGGAGGCGGCUGGCUUGAUUACUGUCUUACUAAUUAAACACUUUCCAGCUCCUCUUUGGCCUGAAGUCAAGGCUGCAGGGGAGAAAAAAAAAUAAAAAAGCCAAUUUAAAAUGAAAUUUAUGAAAAAUUAUGUUAAAGCAAGCAGCAGGACGCACUGGUGGGAGUUAAACCCCGCACUGCUGCUCCUCUCUGCCCACGGCGCUGGUCCUGGCCCCCCCGGGACACCCCAACCUCUUGGGGCACAGACAGCUGAGCCCCCAUGGCAGGGUGCUCGCAGGACCCAGGGACCAGCCUCCAUCUACGGGGUGGAGAGGGGGGGAGAGAGGAGCUCUGCCAAAAAAACCCACAACCGAAU